GUCUCUUGUUCUUCUUCAUUCUCAUCGACACACGCACACACACACAGACACACACGCAAACUUCACACACACAGAGCCCACUUUACUCAGAGUCCUGCCCACAAUGACAAAGACGGUGGUGAUCCUCGGAGGGUCCUAUGCCGGCCUUCAUGUCGCGCACUACCUCCUCAAGAAGCAAAAAACCCUGGACGUCAAGGUCAUCCUGGUAUCAAAGAGCUCCCAGUUCUACUGGAACAUGGCUUCGGUCCGCGCCAUCGUCCCCAACACCAUCAAGGACGACCAGCUCUUUCAGCCGCUCGCCGCCGCCCUCGAGCGCUACGACAAGGACACCUACGAGAUCCUCAUCGGCUCCGCCCACAAGGUCGACACGGCCGCCAAGACGGUGCUCGUCUCUCCUACCACGAGCACUGGGUCGUCGUCAUCGCCAGCCGAGGACCGCACCCUGACCUACGACCAGCUCAUCAUCGCCACGGGCGCCCGUAGCAGCAGCGGCACCAGCAGCAGCAACAGCACCACCCUGGAGGUGCCCUGGAAAGUCCUCGACACCUACGACGAGACGGUGGCGAGCCUGGACAAGACGCGGGAGCGCGUGCAGGCCGCCAGCACCAUCAUCGUCGGCGGCGCCGGGGCCACGGGCGUCGAGGUCGCGGGCGAGCUGGGCUACGAGUACGGCAAGACGAAGGAGAUCACGCUGCUGUGCGGGGGCCCUUCUGUGCUCGACGGCGACAGCAUCGGCGGGGCGGCCAGGGCGGCGCUGGAGAAGCUCCACGUCAAGAUCAGGCUCGACGCGAGGGUGAAGGGGUCCAAGAACCUGGCGGGCGGCGAGGGCAAGACGGAGGUGAGUCUGGAGAACGGGGAGACGCUCACGGCAGACUUGUAUCUCCCGACGGUGGGCAUGGUGCCCAACUCGGAGAUGCUGGACGGGGCGUAUCUGGGUGAGAAGGGCUAUGUUGUCACGAACGAUCUCCAUCAGGUCAAGGGGCUCGAGAGCGAGGGCGUCUGGGCUCUUGGGGAUGUGGUCAGCAAACCCAGAGGCGGAUUUCUCAUAACGCAAAAACAGGCUGCUGGAGUGGCAAAGAAUGUCGAGCUCACCCUGCAGGGCAAGGCUCCCUCCACCGUCAAGCUGUUGCCUGUAGACAUCAUGGCCUGCUCGGUGGGCAGAAGUGGUGGCGUCGGGAGGAUGGGGCCCGUCAAGAUGUUCUCGACCAUGGUCUGGCUGGCCAAGGGGCGCACCCUCGGUAUUCAGAGGAUGCCUGGCUACAUCGACGGCAGUGUGGCUUAAGCCCCUUUUCUGCAUCAUAACUUUUUUCUCUAUGGAGUUGUUAUUCGUCCAUACUAUCCAUUAGCCCAUUCAGAGGAAGGCCUGUGCUGUCUUCUAGUAUUUUUGUUGACGGAUAAAAAGAUCUAGAACACAACUAGACCAGACCCACAGAGGCGUUCAUAAUUCCUAACAGAAAGCUAUACUACAUGUAGUUAACUAGAAAGCUUGAAAUAUAAUAUAGUAAUAGUUAAAUAAAUAAAGAGUAGAAUAGGAAGACUAUCC